AGUUUCUUGAUGAAAUCAUUCAGAGGGAUGCCUACAUGGAAAUUUCAAAACUUCUCAGCGACAUUCAGAAAAGAGGUGCAGACCAAGUACCUGUGAGCAGCAUCAAUAUAUACCACCAUCCGGGCAGUGGUGGGAGCACAGUUGCACGACAGGUACUUUGGAACAACAGAAAAGACCUACGAUGUGCAGUUGUGAAGCCAUCAUACUUGGCAGUAACUGUGUCCGAGCAUGCAGUUCAGCUCCGCGAAUAUGAAGAAAAAGAACCCCCACAAAAAUGCCUCCCAGUACUCUUACUGGUGGAAGACUGUGAUAAUGACUACUUGGAUGACCUUCGGAAUGAAUUGGUGACCGCCGUCUACACCAAGAGAAUUGCACAAGGGACACCCUGCUUCAUUCUUCUGAGCUGCAGGCGUUCACACAAUCCAGAGAAAAAAUGCAAAGAGUCGCCUCUCCAGAAUGUCGCUGUGACCCACAAAUUGUCACCAGAGGAGAAGAGGCAGUUCUCCGGGAAAAGAGAGAAGCUCGAACAACAGUAUCAGCCAGAGUUCAUCUUGACAUUUGUCCUGAUGAGUGAAGAAUUUGACCCAAAGUACAUAGAAGACUUUGUGGAACAUCUGUUGCAAGACAUUGACCACAAAUCUGUUGUCACAACGCUCAUUCGAUAUGUGGCUUUGCUUAAUGCCUAUGUGCAGAACUCCUUCAUCUCCCAGUCUCAUUGUGAGGCCUUGAUGAGAAUGACCUUCACAAUGGACAGAUUCCGGCAACACACCUUUGAAAGAUCUUUAACUGAGCAAGCUAAACUUAUCUUCAUACACUUGAGAGAUGACAAGACGCAUAUUAAUUCAAUCCGUAUCAUUCAUCCACUGGUGGCAAAGAAGAUUCUCCAGCAGUUGUCAAGUAGCCAGCAGAAGCAAAGCAGAAUUGCAAUGGAUCUUCUAUGUGACAAUGUGCUUUAUGAGAACAGGUUUGGAAAAGAGGAGUAUGGAAAGUUUCUCAGAGCUUUGUUCAUGAGACGCAGCAGAAUCAUUAAAGGUGACGAAUCAGACAGUUUAUUCUCUCCUCUCAUUGAACAUGUGAUGAGAGACGAAUGCCCAGACAAGGCAAUCGAGCUUCUAAAACAAGCAUACACACGAUUCAACAAAGAUGCUUUCUUUGCUCAGCAGCUUGCCCGACUCAACUACUACCAUGAAAAGUUUGAAGAGGCAGAACAAUGGGCAGAAAUCGCUGCAAAAAAGAUGCCCCAAAACUCCUACAUCCUGAACACUAAAGGCCAGGUGUAUAGGAGAUGGUUCAAUACCAAAUGUCAAGAGAUUGAAAAAAAGACAAAGACACCACAAAACAUGGCAAAUGCUAUUGAAAAAGCACUCAAAGCCAUAGACUGCUUCAAGGACUGUCAGAAGGCAUCCAUCUCCGUUUCUGAUGUCAUGAGCAAUUCAGGCUUUUUUAAUGAAGUGGACACUGGAUGCAACCUGGUGAAGUAAAUUUUUUCACUGCAUUUGUUUUCAAGCAAAGCUGGUGGCAACUCUGAGUGUCUGAAGUACCUGGUUACAGAAUACAUCCCUGAAGCUGUUAAGACUCCUUGGGAAAGCUUCCACAUGAAACUGAAAAGCCUUCAGAUGUCCAUGCACAGUGCCUUGGAAUGGAUCUCUGAAGACUUGUGUUACUUUCAGACUGAUGUGAAUAUAGAGGAGGAAGACAUUGUUGUGACCUCUGAGAUACACAAUCCAAAGAUCUGGUUGGUAAAUACAUCUGCUGCAUAUGGAAAAUAUUUCAGCAGUGUUUCUCCCAGCACAGUUCAGCAGCAAGGAAAUUUAAAUCCAAUGAGCUUGACUCCUUUCAUGAAGCGUAUGCAGAUAUACCGUCUUGGAGGGGGCAAUAUAACGACAAUCUUCUCCCUUCUGCAUGACCAAACAGACAAGGGACAAAUCCAAGUGCUGGAGGAAAUAAUAUCCUUGUAUCCUUCCAAACCACUGAAUGCAAGGCUGGACCAAAUGGAUCUUGUGAACUACAUUGCAUCUCAGAUUGCUUUAGGUUGCCUUUCAACUCAGUCACUGAAGCUUGCUCCAAUUCAGUAUCUUCAGAAUCUCUGCCAGCAGUUCCCAAAUGAGAAGAGCAAAUGCUUAUCUAGUGCUCUUUUCUUGCUCACCUUGCUGUUCUGGCCAGAAGACAAUGAUGAUGAUAAAGAAAACAAAUACAAAAUUGUCAUGUCAGCUGUUGCAUGCCUCCGUAGGAGUUACAUGACCAAAAUAAAAAAAAUUCCCCAAAGGAAGAGAAGAAUUUACACUCACUUUUUCCUGAGUAAUGGAAAUGGACGGGACAAGAUUGUACACAAGAGCAAAGUGGAGAGUCUCACGAAGAAGCUCCCUGUGUCAGAAAAGAGGAUGAAGUGGCUAAGCGGGGAGGUGUGGAAAAUGCCAGAGAUUAAAACACUGUUGAAGCCUGUUCAUGGCUGGACAGAGGAUGGGAAUGUGUUUCUCCAGGGUCCUCAGAAGAAGAAGUUCCAGAUUCCAGCUUUGACUUCAGCUUCAGUACCCUAUGGCAAUGAGAAUGUUACUUUCUACUUGGGCUUCACGUUUAGAGGGCCUGUGGCCUACAACAUUACCGAAAUAGCAUAAAAUGGGAAAAUAACAUUGAUCUGCAUCAUGGAUUCAUCUAGUACUUGGUGAUGACAGUCCAUGAAUUACUAUGAUUUUAAUUUUUGGUAAAGUAAACCAAAACAAAGUUGCCAAUGUCAACUGUUGAAUUCCUCAGUUAAAGUUACUGGACCAAACUGACAUGCCCCAUAGGAAGAGAACAAUUUACAUGUUUUCCUGAACAAUGGAAAUGGACAGGACAAGAUUGUACACAAGAGCAAAGUGGAGAGUCUCGCAAAGAAGCUCCCUGCGUCAAAAAGAAGGAUGAAGUGGCGUCCGGAUAUCCAUAAGAAGACAUUUGUGUGGUUUUAAGAAAAAAAAAAGAUGAGAACCAUCCGUUUUAGUGACUGUGUCAUUAAGGCUAAUUGAAAGCAAUAAACAUCUGUUCUGAUUGGCUAAGAUGAGCUGAACGCUUGGCUUUGUAACGGCUACAAUGUGGACCAUGAAGCAAAUGAGCAUAUUGUUGUGAGGUCACAACUUCACGGAAGUCCAAACAGCUCGUUUAAAUGCAUUUUCUGGAGUUAUUUGGGGACUGUCUUUUGAUACUUUCAGUGUUUUAAUCGCACCUUAAACUUCUUUAUAAAGGACAUCGCUACGGAAAUGUAAUUUUCCACAAUAUGGGACAUUUUAAACGCAUGUUUUGCACACUUUUAUUAUUGCACUUACAGUGCUAUGUGGUAUGUUUAACCCUAUAUGUAUGUUUUUGUUUUCAUUACCCGACUUCUGAUGGUCGGCUUUGGGAUGGGAAUGUUAUUCUCCAAGGUCUUCAAAAUAAGUUCUUCCAGAUUCCAGCUUAGAAUUCAUGCUCAGUACCCUACGGCAAUGGGAACGCCACUUUCUGCUUGGGCUUCACAUUUAGAGGAUCCGUUUCCAAACACAUCACUGAAAUAGCCGAAAAUUGAAAAUGAACAUUGGUCUUCAUUUUACAUUUAUGCAAAUAAUUUCUAUGAAUCAAGACUUUUUUUUACAGUACAUGCAUACUCCAAGUUGUUGUUUUUUGUUUUUUAAGUUAUGUGCAGCAAAUUGAUUAGGAUAAUUAUUUUAUUUUCACCUCCACCAAGGCUAUGUGAAGACAUAGACAUAUCUGUAAGUAACGGCUGGAUUGCCAUGAAAUCUGCUGUCUACAUUCACAUUCCCAAGAGGAAGUACUUAUUGAUUUUGGUGACUCCAUGAUGUUUCUUCCAGAUCUUUUCUUAUCCGGGCAAAUUUUUCAAGUGUGAUUGACACAUUUCAAAAAGUAAUGGCCAGAUGGUCAACGGGCUUUGCAUGAUAAUUUUCCCGGGAGGAAAGAUACCGGCUAAUUUUGGUCACACCAUGGCCUUUUCCCUACCGCCACCAUUAGGCCAAAUGUGUCCUUAAAUGUAAUUACUGGAUUGCCAAGACUGGUUCAGUGCAAAUUUAUGUGAGGGAAGAUUGUUGUGCCUUGGUGGAGGUCUGCACUCUACUGAGUGCAUUCUUCAUAGUUUUAUUUUUGUUUGCUUGUUAGUAGAAGUACUUCAGUAAUCAAUAAGUCAUGUUAAUCACGUAUACAGUAUCUUGGGAGACAUGUCAUUUAUAAGAAUUGUAUAUCACGGCAUAGAUACAGUCAAUACGAUGCAUUCCACUCUGUCUAAAUAGCUGAACAUACAGCAUAUUUAAAUGCAUCCCUUAA